AUGUACUCAAUAUCACUGAUUGAUCGAACAAACCUCGGCCUCGCACUCGUCGCAGGCAUGCAGGAGGAUCUUGGACUCGACGUGGGCCAACGAUACACUAUCAUCGUGAUGGUGUUCUUCGUGGCGUAUAUUGUUUUUGAGAUCCCCAGCAACCUUGUUCUUCCCAAAGCCGGUGCCGCGAACUGGCUGUCAUUCCUCGGUGCCGGCUUCGGAGCGAUCCUGAUUGGAAUGGGAUUUACCACUAGCUGGUCUACAAUGGCGGUUUGUCGGACGUUACUCGGGAUGAUGGAGGCAGGGUUUCUUCCAGGAUGCACGUAUCUUAUCACUUGCUGGUACACACGCUUUGAAGUAGGGAAACGGCUAGCUGGGUUCUGGCUCAUGUCUGUUGUGCUGAAUGCGUUUGCUGCGAUAUUCGCGUACGCCUUAACUCUACUCAAAGGGACGCAUGGAUUAAAUGGCUGGAGAUGCAAGCGCCCUCAUUUCCUCUGGAUCUUCAUCAUCGAAGGCGCCAUUACAUGCGGCGUCUGCCUCAUCGGCCGACUCAUCAUCGUCGACUUCCCACACAAAGCCGACGGGUUCCUCAAACCCGAGGAGAAACAAUUCGUGAUCGACCGAAUCAACAACGAUCGUGGCGACGCCGAAGAGGACAGCGUAACGUUCGAGCGCAUCCUCCACCAUCUCAAAGACUGGAAACUUUACGUCUGGGCCUUCAAUCUCAUGGCAUCUACGCUGCCCGGCUACGCGUACAGCUACUUCAAAACCAUCAUUCUGAUGGGCAUGGGAUUCUCAAACACAGAGAGCCAGCUUCUCAGUGCUCCUCCGUACAUUCUCGCCGCCGCGACAACGUACCUGUCCGGCUGGUUGACAGACAAGUACCAGAUUCGGGGACCGGUAAUUGCCGUGCAUCAGCUUCUCACGGCUGUUGGGAUGAUCAUCACUGCGUAUGGGCAGGUGAAUGGAGCGAGGUACUUUGGGGUCUUUCUCGGCGUCGGUGUCCUUCAAUUCUGCAUUCCUGGAGUCUUGGCCUUUCAAGCAAACAACAUCACGUCGCAUUCCAAACGAGCCGUCGCGUCUGCGACGUGUCUGAUCGGCGGGGGUUUAGGAGGCAUCAUCGCCAGCGUGGCGUUCAAAUCAGACGAAAGUCCAUACUAUACGACCGGGAUAUGGGUGACAUUUGCAAUCACCAUGGUCAGCAUUGUGAUGACUUUAGGUCUAGACUUUUAUUUCUGGAAAGUCAACAAGAAGGCGAGAGAGAGUGGGCGCCCGCUCGAAGGAAUGCAGGGAUGGUAUUACACGUUGUAG